AUGGGUUCCGGAAACCAAAAUUCCGUAGGAACCGCAAUCAAUCAAAUCUUGGGGGCUUUCUCAACCCUAACUUUGGCGAUGAAAGCGAGGACUGCUUAUACAUGGACAUUUUCGUCCCUUCGAAAGCGCUCAAGAACCCAAAAACGCCCUCCCCGUAGUUGUCUGGAUCUUCGGCGGCGGAUACGUCCUGGGCAGCAAGGACAUCUACCAGCCCACCCUCCCCUUUACGACGGCACAGGCCUGAUCCGCCAGUCGGGCAACAACAUGAUUUUCAUCACCUUCAACUACCGCCUCGGCGCCUUUGGUUUCCUCGCCGGCUCGUCCAUGGAGAAAGGCGGCCUCCCGAACGCCGGCCUGUGGGACCAGAGAGCCGUCUUCGAGUGGGUGCGCUCGUACGCGCACCUCCUCGGCGGGGACCCGAACAAAGUCACAGCCAUGGGCGAGUCGGCGGGCGCCUCGUCCAUCAUGCACCAUCUCGUCGCCGAGGGCGGCACCAAGGAUCCCCUGUUCAACCGCGCCAUCCUCCUCAGCCCCGCCUUCCAGCCCAUGUGGGAUCGGGCCGGCGGCCUCGAGGAUACGUUUAAGUUGUUUGAGCGGCUGGCGGGGUGUCAGGGCAAGGGGCUCGACUGCCUCCGCAAAGCCGACGCGACGAGGCUCAUGACCGCCAACAAGGAGCUGAUGCUGAGCCAAGUCCCCGGCACCUUUGCUGUGGGCCCCGCACCGGACGGGUCCUUUAUACGACAACUCCCCGUCCUCGAGCUCGCCAGCGGCCACUUUUGGAAAGUCGAGUCCCUCCUCACGUCGCACUGCGCCAACGAGGCCAUCCUCUUCGUGGACGGCUCCAUCGCCACCAACGCCGACUUUGACCGCUUCCUCUCCGCCGUCUUCGCCAACUACACGUACAAGGCCCAGGCCGACCGCACGUCCGACUUCAUCCGCGACAGCAGCAUGACGUGCAACAUCCGCUACCUCAACGAAGCCUACGGCGACGCCAAGGUCUGGAACAUGCAGUACUCGGUCGCCCCCGGGUGGCACGCCUCCGACCUCGCCGCCGUCUUCUACGACCGCACGUUUUCCUCCCCGGCCUGGGAUAACGUGCUCCGCGACCUUGUCGUCGUGCCUCUCGGCUUCCUCUUCUCCGGCGUGAGCACCGCCCUGCAGAGUUAUCUCGCCUCCUACGCCGUCAAGGGCGAUCCUAAUGCCGACCGCGUCGUCCUCAACGUGCCCCCACGCGUCGUUGACGUGGGUAAUUUCCUCCUCCGGGAGAUUGACGACGACCAGGUGCCUAGGCCGGCCUGCGAUUUCUGGAGAGAGUUCUACGCCGCGGCUACAGCAGAAGGGGGUUACGUCCCACCUGGGGCGAAGUAG